AUGAGGGCAUAUAUAUAUGACAACCUGCCGGGCGACCAGCGACUGGCGCAUGAUUCUGGCAAGGUUAUCGACGCCGACGCACUGCGCAAACUGGGUGUCUUAUAUUAUCGCAUCACCGAUAUCGGCGGCGUCAACGAUCUGGCCAAGGAGCGAGGCUACAGGAACCGAGAUGAAAUCUUUGUCUCUCCGGAAAAGAUGGGCGCCAUCUACGAAGACAAGGUAAAGACCUUCUUCCACGAGCACCUUCAUGAGGACGAGGAGAUUCGCUACAUUCGCGACGGCCAAGGAUACUUUGACGUAAGAAGUGAGGAUGAGAGCUGGAUUCGCAUUCAUCUCGGAAAAGACGAUCUCAUCAUCCUGCCCGCCGGGAUUUACCACCGAUUUACCACAGACGAGUCCAACUAUGUCCAUGCGAUGCGACUCUUCAAGGAUGAGCCUCAGUGGACGCCUCUGAAUCGCAGCACAGAGCUCGACGAGAACAAAUUUCGCAAGGAGUACGUCGAGGAGUUUCUGUCUUGA